AACCUAUAAAUAUCAUGUUGUCAGUGUGAUACAGGAUAAACAACUGGAUACAACUAAACCACGACGAUAAGGCAUUUUACCAACAAUGAAUAUGUUCAUACGUCAAGUCGUGAAAUAAUAAAAGUUGUGGAUAUACGUGAAAAUUAAGAAAAGAUUCACCAGUAAAUUAUAAAAAGAAAAAGACUUUUAGGUUAUCAUUUUGAUUUACCGGAUUCACUUCGUUUUAAUUUUUUUCCCCAUUAUUAUCGAAUCUUAAAAUCAUAACCUAAUAAAUCAUGGCACGUAACGCUGAAAAAGCCAUGACUACACUGGCUCGAUGGCGAGCGGCUCAGAACAACGAAGGUACAAGGAAAGAACAAGAGCGUAGACCCUAUUUAGCUUCAGAAUGCAGAGAAUUAAACAAGGCUGAAAAAUGGAGAUUGCAAAUAGUGCGUGAAAUAGGGAAAAAAGUUGCACAAAUUCAGAAUGCUGGAUUAGGUGAAUUUCGUAUACGAGAUCUCAACGAUGAAAUCAACAAACUGUUGAGAGAAAAACGCCAUUGGGAGACGCAGAUCAAGGAACUUGGAGGUCCCGAUUACUCCAGGGUUGGACCUCGCAUGUUGGAUCACGAAGGCCGAGAGGUUCCUGGCAACAGAGGUUACAAAUAUUUUGGAGCAGCAAAGGAGUUGCCCGGUGUACGAGAGCUGUUCGAACAAGAACCGCCACCGCCACCGCGUAAAACUCGGGCCGAACUGAUGAAAGACAUAGACGCGGAUUAUUAUGGAUACAGGGACGACGAUGACGGCAUUCUCUUGCCGUUGGAGCAAAAGAUUGGCCAAGAAGAACGCAACAAGGCAAUUGAAAUGUGGCAGGAACAGUCCGAUAAAAACGAGGAUAAGGAUAAAGAAAACGAAGAAUUCGAAACGACGUCGCGAAUGCCAAUUCCUACUCAACAAGACAUGAAGGAAGCAUUAUUAGCAAGAAAGAAACAAGAAUUACUCGAAAAAUACGUGCUUUGACGAAUUUCCUUGGUUUAUUUUCAGUUUGGGCGAUUUUUAACAGCUAUUUGUAAGAUUACUUUAGUAAUAUCGGAGUAUACACUUUAUAUAAAACGCGACAAAUAGUAAUUUUAUAUAUAUGUGUAAGACAAACGGUCAGUUUGGUGACUUUGCAAAAAUCCUAAGAUAUUCAAAAAUUCUUGAACCUCUCGCCUCCUCAGCGCGAAGCGCUAUUCUAGAAUAUUUCUCAUAAUCCUAGGAGUAGAGAUUUGCAGGAUUUAAAUAUUAUAGAUAUAAUAUUAAAAUUCUGCAAACAUUCAAACACUGCAAACCUCUGCGCUUCGCACAGGGAAGACAAUGCGAUCAAAGAUUUUUCAGAGUAAUUUUUCGAGUUUUUGAGAAAGACUCAUCAAAGUGACCGGUUGUCUCACACAUGUAUAUACAUAUAUAUUUAAAUUUAUAUAUAUAUAUAAUAACAUUGAUUGAAGUAUUCUGUUUUCAUUUUUUGUGCAGUUAGACGUUUAAGUUCUAAUAAAUUCCCGUUUCAAGAA